UUUCGCUUAGUUGCAUCAUUUCCUUUUUUCGGCUUCUUCUUCAGCGUCCGGGUAAAGACCGCCGCGUACGUCAUGGUCGAACCAGUUUCUGAGACCAUUCACUUUCCCUCUGAGGAAGAGCGCAUUCUCCAAUUCUGGAAGGACGAGGACUGUUUCCGAGAAUGUCUAAACCAGUCCAAAAACAGGCCGAAGUAUACUUUUUAUGAUGGACCACCCUUUGCUACUGGUCUCCCCCACUAUGGCCACAUCCUUGCUGGUACUAUAAAGGACAUUGUCACUAGGUUUGCACAUCAGAGUGGCUUCCAUGUGGACAGAAGAUUUGGCUGGGAUUGCCAUGGCUUGCCUGUGGAAUAUGAGAUCGAUAAGAUGCUCAACAUUAAAGGACCAGAGGAUGUUGCCAAGAUGGGUAUAGCUGAGUACAACAAGCAGUGUAGGAGUAUUGUGAUGAGGUACUCCACAGAGUGGGAGAUUUCAGUAAUGAGAAUGGGUCGUUGGAUUGAUUUUAAGCAUGACUACAAGACUCUGUACCCAUGGUUCAUGGAGACAGUUUGGUGGGUGUUCAAGCAACUGUAUGAUAAAGGCCUCGUCUACAGAGGAGUGAAGGUCAUGCCAUUCUCCACUGCCUGCAACACACCUCUGUCCAACUUUGAAUCUCACCAGAACUACAAGGACGUUCAGGACCCGUCCAUCAUUGUAAACUUCCCUCUGUUGGAGGACGAGAAUGUGUGUCUCAUUGCAUGGACCACCACGCCCUGGACCCUGCCCAGCAACCUGGCGCUGUGUGUCAACCCUGAAUUAAUCUAUGUCAAGGUCAAAGACAAUGCCACUGAUAAAAUGUACGUCAUGAUGGAGGCCAGACUUGGAGCACUGUUCAAAUCUGAGAGUGAAUACACCAUACUGGACAAGUUCCCUGGUAAGACACUGAAGGGGAAGAGAUACAAGCCUCUUUUUGAAUACUUCAAGUUUAAAGAAAAAGGAGCCUUCUCUAUUGUUCUGGACGGUUAUGUUCGUGAAGAGGAAGGUACUGGGGUGGUUCAUCAGGCACCUUACUUUGGAGCUGAUGAUUACCGGGUCUGCAUGGAAUAUGACAUCAUCCAGAGAGACUCACCACCCAUCUGCCCUGUGGACUCAUCUGGCUGUUUCACCUCAGAAGUCACUCACUUUGCUGGACAGUAUGUGAAGGAUGCCGACAAAAACAUCAUCAAGUGGUUGAAGGAGAAUGGGCGGCUGGUUAGCGCUGGCUCUUUCAAGCACAGCUACCCCUUCUGCUGGAGGUCAGACACACCACUCAUCUACAAGGCUGUGCCCAGCUGGUUUGUCAGAGUAGAGCACAUGGUGAAGAAACUUCUGGACAACAAUGCCAAAUGUUACUGGGUUCCUGAGUUUGUGAGAGAGAAGCGCUUUGGCAACUGGUUACGAGACGCACGUGACUGGGCAAUCUCACGGAACCGGUAUUGGGGAACACCCAUUCCUCUGUGGGUCAGCGAUGACUUCGAAGAGGUGGUGUGUGUGGGCUCCAUGGCUGAGCUGGAGGAGCUAACAGGAAGCAAGGUGACUGAUCUGCACAGGGAGAGCAUAGACCAGCUGACGAUCCUGUCGCGCUGUGGAAAGGGGAAGCUGAAGAGGGUCUCCGAGGUCUUCGACUGUUGGUUCGAGAGCGGCAGCAUGCCCUACGCCCAGGUGCACUAUCCCUUCGAGAACAGGCGAGACUUCGAGGACACCUUCCCUGCCGACUUCAUCGCAGAGGGCAUCGACCAGACCAGAGGCUGGUUCUACACGUUGCUUGUGCUUUCCACUGCCCUGUUUGGCAAACCUCCCUUCAAGAAUGUGAUCGUUAACGGCCUGGUUCUUGCAAGUGAUGGCCAGAAAAUGAGCAAACGAAAGAAGAAUUACCCAGAUCCCAGUCUGAUUGUGCAGAACUAUGGUGCAGACGCUCUUAGGCUAUACUUGAUCAACUCACCUGUGGUGCGCGCUGAAAACCUGCGCUUCAAGGAGGAAGGUGUGAGGGAUGUGCUCAAAGAUGUCUUCUUGCCGUGGUACAAUGCCUACCGUUUCUUAGUGCAGAACGUCCAAAGACUCCAUAAGGAGGAGAACAUUCAGUUCUUGUACAAUGAAAGCACAGCCAAGCUGAGCGGCAACAUCAUGGACAAGUGGAUCCAGUCUUUCACCCAGUCCCUCAUUCAGUUCUUCAAGGUGGAGAUGGCUGCCUAUAGGCUAUAUACAGUGGUCCCCAAGCUUGUCAAAUUUGUGGACAUGCUCACCAACUGGUAUGUGAGGACAAACCGCAGGCGUCUGAAGGGUGAGAGCGGAAUGGAAGACUGUGUCUGGGCCCUAGAGACCCUCUUCAGUGUGCUCUUCUCAAUGUGCAGACUGAUGGCUCCCUUUACUCCAUUCAUUACUGAGAUGAUGUACCAGAACCUGCGUCACCUCAUUGACCCUGCCUCGGUGGAGGAGAAGGACCCAGGCAGCAUCCAUUAUCUAAUGCUCCCUCAAGUUAGAGAGGCACUGAUUGAUAGCCGCAUCGAGAGCGCCGUAUCGCGGAUGCAGUCUGUCAUUGAGCUGGGCCGCGUGAUCCGUGACAGGAAAACCCUGCCUGUCAAGUAUCCCCUUAGGGAGGUAGUGGUCAUCCAUCAGGACUCAGAGGCUCUACAAGACAUCCAGUCUCUGCAAAAGUACAUUGUUGAGGAGCUGAACGUGCGCCAGCUUACAUUGUCCACCGAGAAAGACAAGUACGGCAUCCGGCUACGGGCUGAGCCCGACCACGUAAUCCUGGGCAGGCGUCUGAAGGGGGCGUUCAAGGCUGUCACGGCAUCCAUCAAAGAGUUGAGGAGUGAGCAGCUGGAGACCUUCCAGAGGACUGGCUCUAUCAUGGUGGAUGGGCAUGAACUGCAUGAGGAGGACUUGCGUCUUAUGUACACAUUUGAUCAGACAUCGGGCAUGGGGACACAGUAUGAAGCACAUUCAGACGCCCAGGUGCUGGUGCUCUUAGACAUUACCCCUGACCAGUCCAUGGUGGAUGAAGGCGUGGCUCGGGAAGUAAUCAACCGCAUUCAGAAGCUACGCAAGAAGGGUCAUCUGGUCCCAUCCGAUGAGAUCGCUGUUUACUACAGCUCUGAGCCUGCAGGGGACUAUCUAGACAAAGUCAUCCAGGCGCAUACAGAUUUUAUCCUAGCAACUACUAAAGCCCCACUCAAGCCCUAUCCAGUACCUAAGAAUGCCAGCAUAAUUGUCCAAGAGAGAACUCAGUUAAAGGGUUCCGACCUGGACCUCACUAUUGUUAGGGGAGUGGAGAUCUGCACAGCGCCUCUCACUGGUCCCGUCUGUGCUUAUGUCAACCUCAAAGUCAACCUCAGCAACAAGCAGCAAGAGGGCAUGAUUCUUCUGGAGAAUCCAAAGGGAGACAACAAGUUGGACUUGGAGAAGCUUAAAAUGGUUUGCCGUAGUAUUUUCCGACUCAACAAUGGCCCUUUGGCAGUGUUCAGUGGGACCACAGAGUUAACAGGCAACAGUGAUCUGCUGGCACUGAGUGGGAAGACCUUGUUGGUAAACUCAGGUGCCAGUCCUACAGAAAUGAAUGCUCCAGACGCUCUUAUGUGCCCAUACAUCAACUUGCAACUUAUCAAUGCUAGUCCUGCAGAAUGCCAUAGUGGAGGUAUGGGCACUCUCUUGCUCGCUAAUCCAGUUGGCCAGAAUGGGCUCCAUUACCCUGGGCUGCUCACCGAGACUGCUAAAAUGUUUGGCCUCAGGGGAAGGAGACUUAAGGUCUACAUGGAUGAGGAUUUCACAGAAGAAAUCACGGAGAUCCCUUUGAAGACUCUGAACACGAAGAUGUUGUAUGUACGAGUUCUGCCAACAACUGCAGAAGCAUAGUGACUCAGAAAAGAGUAGGCAUGCUUUGCGAACCCCACUAAAGUGGUAUCAGAGCAGUGUAUGUACUUCUGUUUCCUGCCUAAAACAAAAUUACCUGGCAACAUCUUAGUCCCCAUAGAUAUGAAAGGCUUCUUGUCAAAUUAAGAUGUCUAAUAAAUGCAUUCUGAGCUAACAAA